AGUUUUUACGUUGCUUCAACAACUAAGCAUGCCAAUAUUGUGCAUUGAUUAAAAAUCGAUGCGAAUAUUGCAAAUUCUUUGUUAAAAUUUGUGUAAAAUUGUGAAAAUCAAUAACUUAAGAUUAUAAGAACACCAGAGUUUACUCACCGUGAGAUAACAUACGUGCAUUAUCCACAUUGUUGCUAAAUAUUUGGGGCUGUAGUGUGUAUGUCUUGUUGUUUAGCAAAUAAUGGAUACUGCGGCUUUGGAGGAGACUAAACCCCCAAUUUUACAUAUUUUGGUUAUUGGUUUCCAUCAUAAGCUUGGAUGUCAGGUCGAGUUUUCCUAUCCUCCUCUGGUACAGGGAUCCAGCGGUAAAAAUGAAUGUCCAAGUGGUUGGAAAUAUUUGUCGACAUUGGCCCUACCUGACGGUUCACAUAACUUUGUUGAAGAUACAGUGUUCUUUAAUUUACCUAGUCUAACAGAUCCUACGGAAAGUGUGUAUGGCGUUUCCUGUUAUCGGCAAAUACCGGUGGAGAAGUUAAAAAUUCGCACGGCAGAUGUAACACGCAGCACAGUGCAAAAGUCGGUUUGCUGUCUGGCGCGUUUACCCAUCUAUGGUUAUAUUGAAGUCAAGCUGUCUUUAAUUGCCGAUGCCUUUUUCGAAGAAGGUGAUUUUUCUUCAACCGAUCUGCUUGUGAAGGCUUAUCAAAAUCUUAAUGCUUGCCUUCUUGAUGGUGAUGAAUCAAGGCGAGCGCUGCGUCAUUUUCAUGUCGGCAUAUCGCUGCGUGAAAUUGUUUUGCAAUGGCGGCACAAAACUCUGCAAUUGUUAAAAUUGUUUUUGUUGCAACGAAAAGUCGUUUGCUUUGGAUCACCAGUGCGUGGAAUGUGUGCCCUAAUAUUGGGCAUUUCUUCGUUAAUACCACGAUUGUUGGAAAAAGGAUUUCAGGAAGUUGCUUGUGUGCGCACAUCCAGACCACUUUCUCCAAUGCCUGAUUUUACCGACUCCCUGAUUAAGUCCGGAGACUGUAGUAAGACACCAGAAACAAAAGCUGAAGCAGACAACAAGACACAAGAUAGUCCCGAUAAGGGCACCGAAAUAAUUGAAUCGUUUAGGAAGUUUUCAGAUGCUUCCUUGAAAAGUAGUGAUAAAUCGAGCAACAAUAGCUGUUCAUCGCCUACAUCCGGAGAGGAAGUUGUUCACUCAGAUUCAUCAGUAUUUGCUGCCCAAGCAGAAAAAAAUUUGGAACGUAGCAGCUCCUUUACCAAAGAUUCGAAUAUGGAUGCUUCAGCAACCCUCUCACUGUUUACCACAGUCAAUCCCAAUGAAUAUCGUGCCCCAAUUUCAAUUUUUGCCAGCGGAAAUCUUUGCUUGCCUUAUCUCUCCUUGCCAUAUAUGGAUUUGCUUACUGAUCCCUCGGUUCUGAGUUAUGUUAUUGGCACAUCGAAUGUAUUAUUCCAACAAAGACAGCACCUUGCCGAUGUUUUAGUUGAUAUUGAAAAUGGUAACCUGGACAUACGCGAUCCAGAACUAAGAAAACAGUUGGUUUUGAGUACUGAGGAUUUACGUUUUAUGGACUACAUACUGCGACAUGUCCAAGUGCCUAAAGAGGAUGCCGAAAGUGGUGGCAGUGACCAAUGGAUAAGACAACAAUUCCAGGGCUAUUUGCUGGCAUUGUUGCGCACUUCAGUGCUAGCUAUUACAAGCGAAACGCCAUUGAAAGAUGUUGACCAUUUCAAUGCAAAUUUUAUGUCAGCUUUUCACAAGACACAAUGUUAUCAAGAGUGGUUCGACGUAAGGCCGGAGGCAGGAUUUUUCGAACCUCUGCCUAUUGGACAUCCAUUCGCUGGUACGACUUUGUCGGUGGCGGAUGUUAAAUUAAAACUAGCACAAACCAUGCAGAGCACAGAGAGUGGUCGUAAAAUAAAUCAGGCUGUCAAUAAUACAAGUCGGGCUUUGUCGCAAGCCAAAGGAGCUAUAUCUUUUUGGUGGUCUUCAAUGACGACAGCACCUCCGACAAGCAGUGCUGCCGAAACACGUUCCUCAAACUCUGAGCAAGAAACACAAGAAAUAAUCUCAGUGACAUUCCAAAAUACUACUAGUGGUGAAACAAUCGAGGAAGGUAUAAGUGUACAUACCGAAGAGAAGGUAAUAUUCUCACUUAAAAAUGGCAUGGGCGAAGAUGACGAUGUCGCAGCAGCCGCAGACACAAAUGGUGAUAACAAUGAACAAAAGCAAGUUGAUAGCGCCGAAGAGAUUAUGGAAGGUAAACAAAUUGAAACUACUAAAAUUCAAAGUAGUGGCAUUGUUGAAAUUGGCAAAGAAGCCGAAGUACUAAACAAGGAAGAACAAAGUGAAAAUACCGAGUCCAGUAACAAAGUCGGAUCGAACAAAAAGCGGUGGUGAUGCGUCAUCUUUAUACUUUGUCGUUGCAAGACAUCGCAUUCAUCGGCCACGAUAUUAAUUGUAAGAACUAAUAUGCACAUGCGGCACAUAAACCAAAUCCAUGUAAAACGUUUGAUUAUUGUAGUUAUUUUCUUU